AUGGGUUGGUUCACCGACCUCACGGGGCUCAUUGCCCCCAUGUUCAUCAUCGCCUCGCCCAUUCUGUCCUACUCGGACCAGGCCAUCUCGAUGCACCGCAACAAGACCUCGGCCGGCUUCUCUCUCGACAUUCCGCUCAUCAUGCUCGUCGCCUCCUUUCUGCGCAUCUUCUACUGGCCCGGCGCCCGCUUCGACGCCUCCCUGCUCGUGCAGUCGCUCAUCAUGGUCGGCGUGCAGUUCGUCCUGCUCAAGAUUGCCCUCGACCACCGACCGAGUCCGUCGUCCAAGGGGGGCGAGAUGCCGUUCGCGGGCGGCGAGGCGGACGGCUGGUUUGGCGGCGCCCGCCCCUACUCCUUCUGGCAGUGGCGGAGCCCCAAGCCGUACUGGCAGUUCCUGGUCUACCUCUUUGCCGGCCUGGUCGCGUGCGAGGUCAUCCUCUCCUUCCUGCCGCCCGUGUACACGCUCUACUCGUCCCUGAUCGGCAUCGCGGGCCUCUCCAUCGAGGCGACACUGCCCAUCCCCCAGAUCCUCGCCAACCACAGCUCGCGCUCCUGCAGGGGCUUCCGGCUCUCGGUGCUGGGCAGCUGGCUGGGCGGCGACGCGAUGAAGAUGUUCUGGUUCUUCACCGCGACCACCGAGAUCCCCUGGGCCUUUAAGAUCUGCGGCAUGUUCCAGGCCGCCUGCGACGCCUACCUGGGCGUCCAGUACUGGAUGUACGGCGAGGGACCCCCGAACCCGCUGAGCAACGGGACCGGCGCCAUCAAGGAGCACCCCCUGGACGACAUGAGCUUCCCCGCGGGGAGCCCUUACAAUGUUGGCAAGCAGCCCAGCGGCAGGGAGCACAGUAGGAGCCUGACCCCCACAAGGCGGCCGGCGCCCUUCCACGUCGUGACGGCUGAGUAG